GUGUUGAUAAGCAUGGAUCAGUGCCAAAAAAUCUUGAAAAUAUACAUGGGCGAGUCCAUUAUGCGCUUAAGAAUAUCUUUCCAAUGGUUCCCAGUGGCUCUGAUGAAUUAUUUGAAAUACUAUCCCGAGAAUUUCCUCACAAAAGUGAACCCCUGUCGGCCCAAGUGACUUAUCUCAAAAACCUCUUGCAGUUACUCGAAUACAUUCCGGGUUUACAGGCCCAGAUUCUGGAACUGAUAUUUGAGCGCAUAAUUGAACUCGAUACUGAAGUGCAAGGUAAGAUGCAUGAGAUCGAGGCACUUGAAGAUUCUUCCCACAGAUACGACUUGAAUCUUCACUCGGACGUUAGCAGUGCAACAAGCAGUCAAAGAUCUAGAGGAAGAUCGCUUAUGAGUACUUCGUCUCAAAGUUCAUACAACGGGGACUUUGAUUACAAUUCGGAUGAAGACGAAUCUGAAAGUGUGGAUGAUUCGGCUCCGUGUAUAGUUGCUCUUGAUGUCGGGGAGCUCAUAGAAAAGCUGGACUGCAUGAUCAAGCUUGUUUUCGAUUAUUUGAAAUGGUACUACGAUAAUUCGGGGUAUGAUCAACGCGAAGACCUGUUUGAUAUUCUAAUGAACAUCUUUGAAGAAAACAUUCUGUUCACCUUCAAAUCGCGAUACACCCAAUUUUUGAUGUUUUGGUAUAUUUCUUUGGACAAGUCUUACGCUAGAUCUUUCCUUGCGUCGCUUCUUCACAAAGCGCUAGCUGACAAGGAACCGGAAAUAAUACGAGAAGCUGCUUCUCAAUACGUUGCCUCGUUCGUCGGAAGAGCAAAGUAUCUUGAUUCAAGUGAUGUUCGGCUGUGUGUUCUGGCUUCACUACUAUGGGCCGAGAGAUAUGUCUGCCCCGCUAAUACCGUCAAAAUGUUCAUUGCAAUCUCGGAGGCUUUGCAGUUUAUGAAUUGCAAGAAUGCUCUCGGGUUUGAACGUUAUGAAGAAACGAAGAAAAAUCUACUAAACAUGGAGGAUUAUUUCCCGUUCGAUCCAUUCCGGCUUAAAACCUCCCAAUCAUACAUCGAUUCAAUUUACCAUGAUUGGGAAG